AUGGCCGGCGGACAACCAGGUUCCAGCUCUCGUGGCCGUGGCGGCAAGUUCAGGAAGUUCACUCGAGGAGGUGGCAAGCACUUCUCCCGCGACCUGCGCCCCCUCGACGCUGAUGGCAACGAAAUCAGCAUGUGGAGCGCCGAUACCAAGAAGGACGACAGCGGAAGUGACGAGGAUGACUCUGAGGAGGAAUCCGAGGAGGAGUCCGACUCUGAUGAUGCCAAGCCCCAGGCCGAACAGUCUCGCGCCGACCGCAAGGCCGCAGCCAAGGCCCGCAAGGAGGCUGCCAUAGCCAAGAAGAAGGGCCAAGCCGUCGAGGUCGGCGACUUGCCCCCUUCCGACUCCGAGGAGGAGAGCGACGACGACAUGCCCGCCAACCCGAAUCACUCCAAGGCCGCCCGCAACCAGACCAAGGCGCCCCCCAAGGAGGUCGAGGAGGCUACCGAGGGCGUCAAGAAACUCGCUGUGGCAAACAACCGCAAGGAGCGCGAGAGCAUGGAGGCUGCCCUGGCCAAGGAGAGAUACCGCAAGCUCCAUGAGGCCGGCAAGACGGAUGAGGCCAAGGCUGACAUGGCGAGACUGAGGCUCAUUCGCGAGCAGAGAGCGGCAGACGCUGCCCGUAGAGAGGCCGAGAAGGAGGAGCGCGAGGCUCAGGAGGCUGCUAAGAGGGCCGAGAUUGAGAAGAAGGAGGCCAAGAAGAGAGAGGCUGCUCUGGGCCCGGCCGCUAAGAAGGGCAAGAAGUCCAGCAAAUGA